GACUCAAGAAAGCGCGUCUGAAUUCUGAAUGUUGUGUCCGGGCAGCCACAGCGCUCGAGGAGAGGAUAAUAAUAACCGACUGCCGCUCGCGCUGUCGUUGCUGAGAAGCUGCGCGAGAAUGGAUGUUUUUGAUGCAAACACACGUGUGCUUUCACUUAACGGAAUAAUAAUUAAUGAGGGAAUAUAAACCGUUUUAACGCGUUUGCUCGGUCUACUGGAUUGCGCAACAUUUGGAAGAAACCAGCUGCAGUCUGGGACUUUAACCUUGAAACGCAGUGGAUCCUCUGGGCUAAAGGGAGACGUGUGGACGUGGAGCCUGCUGCCUGUUAGCUCGGACCCGCCGCCUGCUUUCAGUCCUAAUGCCGGGACUGUGUGACAUCAAGACACCACUAGAAGGAGAGAUCUUCAGCAUGAACACAGACAGUGGAGGACAUGUCCGCAAAAGUGCCACGCUUUCACUCACUCUAACCCCCAUGAAGAGAAUCCAGAGCUCACCAAACCUAUACACACUCACAGACUCUGAAUCCCAAUCUAAAGAUUCAGAUUUGUGGAGGCCCGGCAGCAGCGUCAGUGAUGUCCCGAGAAAUGGUGACGUGUGCUCUUCUUCUCUGGAAGCUAAAGGCUACAAAAGUGUCAGGCCCAUCUUUCAGGAUAAAAAGUCUCCCACACCACCUGAGGUGCCUGCCCUCCUCAAACAAACCUAUCCCGGAAAAGCACUGUCCUCACAGUCACCACCUAACCGGCUCAGACUCUCCCUCGGUUUCAUCAGAGCUGACCUUCACCCCGAGACCCCUUCUCCCGGCCCGGAGCCUCCGCUGGGGCAGAGCCGCUGCUCUUCCUGCACUCAGAGCGAAGCGUCCACAGCGGUGCUGGAGGAGUUGAGGGUGUGUGGACUAGGCCCAGAGGCUGGCUCUCGUACCCCUUCUCCAACCCUCAGCCCGAUGAGUGCAGUCAUAGUUAACAUGGGGUUACACUCCCCUCCAGCUGGCACCGCUCAUGGCCAGAUGACUGUGAACGGGGGUCUGAGUGUGCCAGCAAGUCCUCAUAGUCACUUCCAAAGACCCUUCUCUCCUUCAACGUACCCCCCUCCUCCUUCUCUGAGCCCUGGUAUUACAGCCAUGCAGCAGUCUAGACGCACUGCCUCUGAGUCUAGCACUCCGAUCUGCGCCAACGUGGAUCCUCCCGCACGAGCGCCACAGACUGACAGGAAAGAAACAACAGGGAAAGCUCCGCUCUUUACUGCAUUCAGUCCUGUGGAUGAGUCUGGGAUUCCCGGUGCCAUACGGACGACUGUUGACAGGCCAAAAGAUUGGUACAAGACCAUGUUCAAACAGAUUCAUGUGGUGCCUAAACCAGAGAACGAAUGGUCUGGGUCUCAUACUGCCACAGAUCCUGUUACUGGUGCAACUAUUUCCAAACAAGAUAAGCAUGCUUCACCUAAUGCUGUUGAGCCCCAUCCUGCACCUAAAACCAGCUCCUACCGGCCCAUCACCAAGAGUGUCUCUGAUAACGGCGGAUACGGUUUCAGGAUGCCUGCCUCCUCUUCUCUCCCUUCUCCUCUGCCCACAUCAGCAUCCACACAGCACAGGGAGGCACCACAGAGAGGCAGGAGCACACCUGACAUGAAUGAGUGGGGGCCUCCUGACAGAAAGGUGGACACACGGAAAUACAGAGCAGAGCCGAGAAGUAUCUUUGACUAUGAGCCGGGAAAGUCAUCUAUUUUAGAGCAAGAGAGAGCAAUCUCCCUUUUUCAGUCAUCCACAGACAGGAGCCCUGAAAGAACAUCAUGCUCUGCCAGUGAUAACAAGAGGCGGAAAUCUGAACCUGCAGCCGCUCAGCCCAGGGCUCAGAGCAGUGUGGGCACAACACAAACGUCUGUCAGACCACAAGAGUUACCCAGGAGCAGCAGCACCCAGAGGAAUCCCCUCACCAGCCCCAGCUCCCCCGCCGACAUCAGGACUAAAGAUCAGGACACAUCCAGAGAAUACUCAUACCCUGACGUGGGCCGCCACACACUACAGAGCAGGAAACAAACUUCUGAUGUCAAAGAGAAACUGCCAGCCAGAGCAAUAUAUGACUUCAAAGCACAGACAGCAAAAGAGCUGGCGUUUAAGAAAGGAGAAAUGGUAUACAUCACUCGGCAGAUAGAUAAUAACUGGUAUGAAGGAGAACACCGUGGACACAUGGGCAUCUUCCCCAUUUCAUAUGUGGAGAAAAUCCCUCCUUCAGAGAGACAUCAGCCAGUGAGACCUCCACCACCAGCCCAAAGCAAAGAAAUCGGAGAAGCAAUUGUGCACUACAACUUUAAUGCUGAUACUAAUGUGGAACUUUCGUUAAGAAAAGGCGAGCGUGUUGUUCUGUUGCGGCAGGUGGAUAAGAACUGGUUCGAGGGCAAAAUCCCAGGUACAAACAAACAAGGGAUUUUUCCUGUGUCGUAUGUGGACAUCGUUGAGAAGACUUCAGUACAAAGUACCGGUCAACCUCCUGGGCCCAGUAUACCCACCGGCUACUCCAAUGACAGGCUGAACAGUAAGUCAUCAUCUGUACGUACCCACUUCAGCUCUCCAUCCCCAUCUGUCCGUCCACUCUCCUCAUCCUCUCCCAGUCCACAGAGAGCCGCACACCUUCAGGCCAUCACCAGCGAGUGGUUGGCCCUUACUCUGGGUCUGUCUCCUUCAGGAACCCCUGCCCCCACACCUCCUCCCUUCCCUUCCAAUUUCCAGCCGUACUAUGAAGUAUUGGAUUCUGCCAUCUCAUCUUCUCCCGCCUCCUCCAUGCUGGGCUGCUCUCCGGCCCUCACACCCCGCACCUUCUCCACUCCUGCGCUCAAAGAGGGUCACUUCAUUCCCAUCACCUCCCCAAAGUCCUACAUGUCCCCUGAUCCCAGCCCUUACCUCACCUCUGCCUCCUUCACUCCUUCGCCCACCUCACCCAUAUUUGACUCCAGCCCCAGGUCUAGCAGUGCCAUAGAGAUCCUCUCCAGCCAAAAAGCAGAUUUAGCUGAGAAAGAACUGCAGUUGUUUUCAGAUAGCAAAGACCUCCACAAACCAGACGGGACAGGCCCCGCUAAAUUGCACAGUCCUAAUGACUUGGUUGUUUUAGAGGCACACAAAUCCCCAUUGGACUUUCUUCCACCUAAAGACCCUGAAGAUGAUCUGUGUGAGGAGUUAGUGUCAAUUAUCAAGGCCAGCCAAUCAAAUGGCACGUUCAAAAAAGAGGAGGGAUUUUAUCGCCAGGAACCAGAUAUAACAGAAAAGCUUCCCAGACUGUUUAUAGAGGAGGAGCCGAAUGAGGACAGAAGCUUCUUAAAUGAACCAUUGACAUCAAAAACAUUUACUCCAGUCCAACCUGCCCAUAGUGAGGGGUCAGAUAUCGAGCAGGGUGAAGUUUCCCAGAAUGCCUCUCCACGUCUCUCUCCCCUGUCCUCACAGAUGUCAUUGCCGUCCACACUGCCCUCAUCGGCUAAAUACUCUCCCCCUUCCCCGCACUCCACCCCCCCUCUUCCCGGGGUUUCACAGUCGCCCCCUCCCUCUGCAAAACUGUUCUCUCGACAGGACCUCCGCUCCCCAAAGGCCAAGUCUGUGUUAAGGCGUGACGUUGUGGUUGUUGGUAAGCCUCCUCGUAGCCCUGUGAUGUCUAGGAGGUCCUGCGGAUCGCCUGUUAGAGGUCAAAACUUUUCACCAUCUCAUAGGUCCCAAAGACAAGCAUAUGUUCAUGAUCCGCUUCAAGGUACAGGGGAACCAUUUCAAGCCCUGUUUAACUACAUGCCACGAAAUGAAGAUGAGCUGGAACUGAAGGAGGGCGACGUUGUUGACGUCAUGGAGAAAUGUGAUGAUGGAUGGUUUGUGGGAACGUGCAGGAGAACCAAGUUUUUUGGAACCUUUCCUGGGAACUAUGUGAAGCAGCAAUAAAUGGACUUUUCCAGUACACAUCUCUGAUGGUCCAACAUCUACUGAAGAGAGAUAGACAAUGUCAACUACAGCUUCCUGCUGGAAUUAACAUGACAUGUUCCAGUCAUCAACCUGUGGAAAGUAAUGGAACUGAUGAAAAGGCCUUUAUGUCAUUUGGUUCAAAUAUGCUGAUAAUUACAUUCUGAAACCAUUACAUUAAUUAAAACAUUCUGUUGCCUACAUUUUUCCUCAUAGCUGAAAAAAAAGAGUUUCCUUGCCUUCUAGUUAAGAUGAAGAAUUUCAACAUAAUGAGUAAUCAAGUGCCCUACUUAUUUGUACAUUUCUUAAAGCUGCAGUAGGUAACUUUUGUAAAAAUAUAUUUUUUACAUAUUUGUUAAACCUGUCAUUUUGUCCUGACAGUAGAAUAUGAGACAGAUAAUCUGUGAAAAAAUCAAGCUCCUCUGGCUCCUCCCAGUGGUCCUAUUGCCAUUUGCAGAAAGCCAUGCGCUCCCGGUAAAAAACAACCAAUCAGAGCUGCGGUCCGUAACUUUGUUUGUGUUCAAAAUGCAGAAAAAUGUAUAGAAUAAGCGAAUACACCAUGAAUCCAUUUUCCAAACCGUGUUUUUAGCUUGUCCUGAAUCACUAGGGUGCACCUAUAAUAAGUGUUUAUAUUCAGACUAUUUUAGAUUGCUUCGGGGGUACCGCGGCGGAGUAACCCAGUACCUUUGUAAUUCUUCAUAGACAUAAACAGAGAGAAGUAGUUCCGGCUACAAUGUUCUUCCGCAAGACGCAAGCAGCUCUGUUUAUUAACCGCUAGAGCGUCAAAAGUUACCUACCGCAGCUUUAAGAGGCACAUUUUCUUUCAUUGGAAGGAUGAAAUACAGUAGGUGAGGAAUGAUCUACUGAUGGUGCCCCUUGUACACUGGACCUGAUGUCUGAUCUGAUCUAGAUUGUAUAGACGCAACAGUAUUGCGGUGUCAUGUUUGUGUCAGGCAGUGGAUAUUACAGAAGAACAUUCCUGCCAGCAUGCAUCUUUUUAGUAUGUUAUUAACUCUCUGGUUCAGAAGAAUGACCUCCGGUUCUUUAGGGCUCUAUGUUCUUCCUCCAAACAUUCCUUUGAGCAUUUGAAGGAUUUUACAGAUAAGAGAAAAAUAUUUUUGAUAUUUUUCAAUCUAAAGAGAUAACGUUUUUGAGAUUGCAAUAUCCCUAACAAAAAGCAACAAAAUGGCCAUGUUAACUGUAGUAAACGGACUCCGAUUAAUGUCUCUACUGCCUAUAAGAAAUAUUUCGGUGUCCUUGCACAUCGCUUAUGGUUUACACACUGUAAUCUAUUUAUUGCCAAUAAGAGUAGCACAUGAUGUCCUAAUAACUAAUCUGCAAUUGGCAGCCAUGUAUUUUGUAUGUCGCCUUCUGAUUGGUUCAAUUUGAGUGAGGAAAUGUAUGUAAAAAUCUAUUUUUGUUCAUUUGAUCAUUCAGCAAAUGUUUUUUCAUUAUGAUAUACUUAAUAUAUUGUUAAUUGUUCACGUUCUAUGCCUGAUCUGUUCAGCACAAUGAUUACACUCAUAUUCAAUUUAAAAUAUGCAGCGUUUCAAUUUUCCUGAGAGACUAUGACUAACAGUUUUAUUCCAGUCAGUAAAGCAAGAAAUGUAAAUGUGUCAGUCAGUAGAAACAUGAACCAAUAAUAUAUGUAAUUUAGGCAAUAUUAUACCUCAUUGAAUUA